AUGAUUACAGCUGAUGAUUGUCGUUGGCCACAAGGUCAAUAUGGUCUUCCAACACGUAAUGGAAAAUUAAAAGAAGUUGAUCGAUUUGAUGUUGCAUUUUUUAAUCUUCCUUCAAAACAAGCACAUAAUAUGAAUCCACAAUUACGUCUUUUACUUGAAGUUACAUAUGAAAGUAUAUGUAAUGCUGGAAUAAAUCCAAUAAAAUUAAAAGGUACAAAAACUGAUGUUUUUAUUGGUGCAAAUGGUUCGGAUGCUCAAAAUGUAUUUUCAUCCGAUCCUCAAACAUUUGAAGAUUAUAGACCAUCAUCUUAUACUGUUGAUACAGCUUGUUCAUCAAGUCUUUUAGCACUUGAUUGUGCAUUAAAUGCAUUGCGAAAUGAUUCAUGUCAUGCUGCCAUUGUUGGUGGUGUUAAUCUUUGUUUUCGUUCUCAAACUUCAGUACAAUUUCUUAAAUUACACAUGCUUUCAAAUGAUGGUACAUGUCGUGCAUUUGAUUCAAAUGGUACAGGUUAUGUUCGAUCAGAAACAAUUGCUAUUAUAUUUAUACAAAAACGACAAGAUGCUAAACGUUUAUAUGCAACAUUGUUACAUUCAAAAACAAAUGCCGAUGGUUGGAAAAAAGAUGAAAUUCAUCUUGAUCCAAAUCAUGUUGGUUAUGUUGAAGCACAUGGAACAGGAGCACGUGCUAGUUGUAAACGUCAUCAACCAUUAUUAAUAGAUUCAACAAAAUCAAAUAUGGGUCAUCCAGAACCAGCUUCAGGUGUUGCUGCUUUAGCAAAAUUACUUGUUGCUUUACAAAAUGGACAUAUACCUGCUAAUUUACAUUAUAAUUCACCAAAUAGAGAUAUACCAGGUCUUUGUGAUGACCGUCUUAAAGUUGUAACAGAAAAAACAAAACUACCAAAUAAUUUAAUGGCAAUUAAUUCAUAUGGUUUUGGUGGUACCAAUGUUCAUGCCAUACUUCAAGCAAAUUCAAAUCGAAAAGAAAAUGAAAAUUUAUCACGAAAUGAAAUAUGUCUUGCAUUUGCUUGUGCUCGUACACCGGAUGGAUGUGAAAAUAUUCUUAAAAAUUUAAAAGAAUAUGAAAAUAAUAUUGAAUUACAAGCAUUAAUUACAGAAAAUUCAUUUCAUCCAUCACAUACACAUACAUAUCGUGGUUUUACUUUAUUAAAUCCAUCAGAAUCAUCAACAAUAGUUAAUAAAUGUAAUAAUGAACGACGAUUAGUAUGGUUUGUAUUUUCAGGUAUGGGUACACAAUGGUCUCGUAUGGAACGCGAUUUAAUGAAAUUAAAAUUAUUUCGUCAAACAAUUGAAAGAAGUUCAAUUAUACUUAAAAAAUAUAAUAUUGAUCUAUUUCAACUUAUUUUAUCAUCAACACCACGUGAUCUUGAUCAUCCAAUUAAUAAUUUUGUUAGUAUUGCUGCUAUACAAAUUGCAUUAGUUGAUUGUUUAAAAACUAUGAAUGUUGAACAAGAUGGUAUUGUUGGACAUAGUGUUGGAGAAUUAGCUGAAGAAACAAUUUUAGCUGCUUAUGUUCGUGGUAAAUGUGUUCGAGAUGCAAAUCUUCCAGCAGGUGGUAUGGCUGCUAUUGGUUUAACAUGGGAUGAAUGUAAACAAAUGUAUCCAUCAGAUAUCGUCUCGGCAUGUUAUAAUACAAUUGAUACAGUUACUGUAUCAGGUCCUAAACAAAGCAUUGAAAAAUUUGUUAAAACACUUAAAGAAAAAUAA